CAAUCGAUUCGCGAUCCGGAUACAGGGAAGUCUGGUUCGUGAGUCUGGUUCGUGAGUUUGUCUCGUCUUUGAAACAAAUUUGAAAGAAAUAGACGUCGUUUGCUGGUAUCGCUGCCGCCAAGGCAAUUGUGGAGAUCAGUACCGUGUGUCGAAUUGGAUAAAAGUACAUGUAUAGAUACCUAUUCAUCUGGGGAUUUAAUUAUGUGGGUGUUUGGCGGCAUUGGCUUGAUAGAGGUUCGUUUUCAGGUACAUAUUAUUCACAAAGGACUGUUUUACAGAAAUAUAUAUUGGUUGUCCUUGCAAGUGGAAGACCCGAAAUACGGAGCUGGGAGUCUUGAUUUCAUUUCAAUUGCAGAAAAUAUUUUGAUCGCCCCAGGAGUUCGGGAUCAACAUAUUCUGUCACUCGUCGAUAGUCUUUCGUGGAGAAAGCAAUAUACAAGACUGCUCAAUAUGUGCGAGGUGAAAUUCUACAAAUCGGAAGAAUGCGGUCAUGAAUGGGCUAUUCUCUCUGAGCCUUGCAAGGAGGGCCGCGACUUGCUCAACUGUCCGACAGUCCAGAACAAGUGUCGAAAGAUACGGCCACCACGAGGCCCUCCUACGGCUGCUUCCUGCAAAGAGUGUCCAUUGCAUGGCUUACAAGGAGAUUAUGACAUGAAAAACACCAGAAUGGUCAAAAAAACGCGGACAGGCUAUCGAAUCGGGUUUGGUCCGGGCAAGCGCCAGCCAGGCACAGACUUUGUCUGCUGUGUCAUUCAGUGAUGCUUGACAUGGACCAUGUUUCGUAUUAAUGGAGCUUUGAAGAGCUCCUGGUAGCUUGCAUCGCCUGGGGCAUUGAGCUAGUCUGAUAUCGACGUGACUGCGAUCAAUAGAGCAGCCACUCAGC